AUGGUUAAAGAACAACGAAACCAAGGUCAUUUGGCUGAAGACGUUAGAGUGUUUACAAAAAGACAUGUUUUCACCGAGGUCACAUCCACCCAACAACAAAUUGAGCUUCAACAAGAUCUGAGGAAAAUUGAAAAUUGGUGUUUGGAUAAUUCCAUGCAACUGAAUGCAAAAAAAUGUCAGGUGAUGACUUUUGGAAGAACCAAAAUGCUGCUGUCCUUCAACUACUAUCUUCACGGUGCGCAACUGGAUAGGACCCUAUCGAUUAAGGAUCUUGGAGUUCAUCUCACUCCUUGCUUGGAUCCUGGACUUCACAUUGCGAAAAUCUGUUCCAAAGCUAAUUCUGUUCUUGGGUUGAUAGCCCGGUCUUCUAGAGGUUCUCUAUCUACAGCAUCAGUGAAGGUCUUGUACAACUCUCUUGUCCGUCCCAUCUUGGAGUAUGCUUCUCCUGUGUGGUCUCCUUGA